AUGGAUGUUACCGAGGAGGAAUUGGAUCCUUUAUGGAAGGACCUCGAUUGGGCCAUGGGACAAUGCUUUAUGAUGGGAUUCGAAGGGACAGAGGUCACGCCUCAGAUCAGGACCCUCAUUGAAGAUCAUCAUCUAGGUGCUAUUCUGUUGACGACGAGGAAUCUGAAGACUGCCCAUGAGACAGCAAAUCUAGUCCGGGAGCUUCAAACGAUCGCGCAUCAAGCCGGUCAUCCAAUUCCCUUGAUCAUCGCUCUCGACCAAGAAAAUGGCGGCGUCAAUAGUCUUUUUGACGAAGAUUAUAUCUGUCAAUUUCCUAGUUCAAUGGGUAUUGCAGCAACUGGAUCUCCCGAGCUUGCGUACGAAGUAGCCAAUGCUACCGCCAAAGAACUGUCAGCUGUUGGAGUUAACAUGAUUAUGGGUCCCUGUCUCGAUGUCCUGACAAAUGCUCGUCAUCAACCUUUAGGGGUCAGAGCUACUGGUGAUGAUCCUCAGGAAGUUUCUCAAUAUGGUAUUGCUGCCAUGAAUGGUUAUAAGGACGCUGGGAUCGCUACAUGUGGAAAGCAUUUUCCAUCAUAUGGGAAUUUAGAUUUCUUAGGGUCGUCUCUCGACAUGCCUAUUAUCACAGAGACUCUGGAACAGUUGAGCCUCGGCGCUCUUGUUCCAUUUCGAAAUGCUAUUCGUGAAGGGAUGGAUUCCAUAAUGGUUGGUGGAUGUGCAAUAGCAAAUGCUGGGAUGAAUGUCAUGCACGCUUGUCUUAGCGAUCAAGUUGUUGAUGAUCUCCUACGAAACGAUCUUGGAUUCAACGGAGUAGUUGUUUCUGAAUGUCUUGAAAUGGAAGCUUUGAGUCAUGAUAUUGGUGUCAGAGGUGGUACUGUCAUGGCUGUAGAAGCUGGAUGUGAUCUAGUUCUUCUCUGUCGUUCUUAUGCUGUUCAAAGAGAAGCCAUUGCCGGUUUAAAGCUCGGUCUCGAGAACGACAUGAUAUCUAGGGAUCGUAUCAAUCUCUCUCUUAAACGAGUUCUCAGAGUCAAAUCACAGUGCACAUCUUGGGCUAAAGCUUUAAACCCUACAGGAAUCAAACAUUUAGCAACUUUACAUCCCACUCACCUCGCUCUAUCAACUAAAGCAUACGAUCACUCAAUUACUAUCAUGAGAGAUAAAGGUCAUUUACUCCCGCUAUCAAAUAGUUAUUCUGAAGAUGAUGACGAUCUUCUCCUUCUCACACCCUUGGUAAAGCCUCUACCCGCAUCCGCCGCAACCGCAACUCUCAAUAACGAGAAUGCGAAAUCUACCAGUACUGAGUCUGAAAAAUCAUACAAAUCAUCCAUCAUGAGCGGCGAAGGAGUAUUUAGGGAACUGGGUAGAGCCUUAGCACGACAAAGACACGGACGACUUCUUCACACCUCAUAUACUGCAAAUGGUGUUCGACCUGUCCAUGAAAACCUAAUCAAUAGAGCAGGAACCAUUAUCGUCAUAACCGCUGAUGCAACUCGGAAUCUGUAUCAAAAUGGAUUUACAAAACAUGUUGCAAUGAUGUGUUCAAUGCUUAGUUCAGCCGGCAAAAAGAAAUCCUUGAUUGUGGUUUCUGUUAGUUCACCUUAUGAUUUUGCUAUGGAUAAGAGUAUUGGGACAUAUGUUUGUACUUUUGAUUUUACAGAGACGGCAAUGAAAGCUUUGGUGAGGGCAUUAUUUGGUGAUUUCGUUCCUCAAGGAACAUUACCUGGUACGCUCAGGAAGAGUAGGAAAGUGCAGAAAUCGAGGCAGCAUUGGUUGGUCGAAAGUUAUAAUAGAGAUAGAGAUGCGAGAGGCCUUCAAGCUCUCAUCAAAUCUAUUGAGAAAACCGCGCUGCCGAAUCAACAACUGGCGUUGGCGGGCGCAACAGCAGAUUCUUUCGAAUUGCCAUCCAAAACAAGCCACUAUGCACUCGAAGAAUCCCACUACGUCGUCCGCAACAGCAGUACCCAGGCGCUCUUCGGAUUCUGCUCCACUACCUACUCCUCCAGCACGCACCUCGGUACGCUCUCCACCCUCUUCGUCGAUCCCUCCAAACGCAACCUCUCAAUCGGGCACUCCCUCCACCAGCGCGCCCUACGCCACCUCCUCCAAAAACCCCACAUCACCCAUCUCCAGCUCGGUUCUACCCUACCAGCCCUCUACCUCGGUAUCCCUAUGAGCGAUCUCACCGAAGGUGCACGUCUCAAACGCUGGUUCGCGACGACUGGCUGGGAUGUCUUAACCCCUCGUCUCCUCUACACUCUCAUCAUCCGAAAUCUAGCACUCUGGACCCCGCCCGAAGGUUUACUCGCUACAAUUCAACGCGUAUCCCUUCAAUUUGAUUUAAUUCACGGCCCCAGCAAUUCAGCAACCCAGGUCCUCGAUUUCGUACAGAUGCAUUCUUCGAGUGCGGAAAUACUUAGUAUUUAUAACCUCGCCAUCACGGAUCCCAAAUCCUGCGGUAUCGUACGCGCUAAAUCACCUAUCGAUGGGUCACUGGUAGGAACCGUCAUAAUUUCUCGCUCGGACACUCUUCUUUCGCGCUGGAUGCCUGUUCUCUCCUCAUCCUCAUCCUCAUCCUCAUCCACUUCCACUUCCUCCUCUCAUUCCCAAUCCAAUUCUCACAAUACCAACACCAACAAUUCCAAAGGUAAAGAAAAAGAAGGAAACCGAAAUGGAGAUGGAAAUAAUCUAGGGGGAAUCCUAGCCCCGAUCAUCCCAUCGAAUAAUGCGCAGCGAGAAACGAUCUUGCAGGGUCUAGUGAUGCUGAGUAUUAGACAGAAUAAGAAUAAGGGGGGUGGGAAGGGUGUGGUGUUGAAUUGGGUGGUGGGGAGUGAUAGGGAUGUUUUGUUGGGCAUGGGGUUUGAUGUUUUGGAGGCGUGGGAGGAGGUUGUUUGUGGGGUUGAGAGGUGGAGUAAGAUGAACCUAGGUUGA